UAGCGAGCUAAAGCAGAGGCUCAAAAAAAUUGCUUUUUUGCAAACCCAAGCAAUAUCUAACAUUCUUCUCUCACUGUCAGUUUCCUUGGGUUUGAUUCUCUUCUUUUUCUUUUCUUUUUUCCUUUCAAUUUUUAAUUUUUUAGAUCACCGGGCAGUUUAACGGUCUUGUUUUAGUCCAAUCAACGGUUGCGGUUGCAUGCUCAACUGCUAGAAUUUGUUCCCUUCGCCAGAGCGAUCGCCACAGCGACGUCGUUGGAAGCUAGGUUUCGCCGAUUCCGUUUUAUGCCUUCUGGGUACAUAUAAAUGCUUCUUUUUGGGGAUCUAGGGUUUUCAAGCCUGGUCCUUGUGAUCUCGUUUGUUAUUCCUUUGAUCGGCUUUUUCAUUCGGCGGCAAUGGAGGCUAUCGAUUGCCAGACAGGUGGAGAUCAAGAGGCUUAUGAUUUUGGCAUCGGAGGAGGCUGCUAUGGCCGAGCUUGAGGCUUCGUUUGGCUACGGUACUGUCUCGGUUUUGCAGAACUAUCACCAAUGCGUUGUUUGUUAUUCUCGCACUACUACACGGUGCUCCCGCUGUAAAGCUGUUCGGUAUUGUUCUACUCAGUGUCUUAUUCACUGGAGGCAAGGUCACAAGGAAGAAUGCUAUCCGGCUGCCAUCGUCGCACACCAAAAUCAUGAUGAGAGAGAUGAUUUUGCUCAGAAGGUGAUAGAGCAACACCAAAAUGAAGACAUAUUGGACCAAAAAAAGCCCCAUGCAAAACCAACUGGAAUAACCUCCACUGAAUUUGAAUUGCAUAAUUCGACCUCUGAACCUGCAUUUUCUAGUCCCAAAAACUGUUCUGCAGUUUUACGUGAGAAGGAUGAUGAUGUAAAUGUUGAGUUCCAGGUUGAUGGGGAAGGAGUGAACUCUGCUUCAGAAUCUUCCAGUGCCUUAUUUUCUGGGUUUUCUGCUUCUAUAUCUGGUAGUGAAUCAUCUGAUGAUGUUUCUGUGAGCGAGAGCGUUAGUUCAAAUGAGCUUUACAAAAUUGAUACAUCUUCAUCUGCUGAUGAUUCUAAACUUGACAUGUUUUGGACUGAUUCUGGAGUCAACAAUGUAGAUCAAACCAAUUUGGCUUCCCCAAAAUUUGCCAAGUUGGUUGAUUCUGUAGAUAUACAUCGGAUGAAGCUUGAUCAAUGUGGAGAGAUCCAAAGCAGAGCAGCUAGUUCUUUAGGUUCAAGCAUUAGUGAUCUGCCUGAGGGCUCAAUAUCUGAUGAUCGUACUUUGUCUUCUGGAUUUUGGGGCAGAAAUCUGGAAUCAGUUGCAUCUAUGAAUGACACCUUUCAGUCUAAUCCUAAAGAAGAUGGUAUAAGUGCCUCACUCGAUACUGGAUAUUCCUUGCAUUUUUCAUUCAAUUUGUCUGGAAAUACUUCUGUCUCACAUACACAUGGCUCGAAGAUGAAGGCUGCCACAUUGGAUGAUGCUCCUCAGAGUGCUCUGGGGAAUACCCAGCUUUCUGAUGAAGUAACUUUGCCAUUAAAUGUUGGUUUAGAUGCUCUGAAUGCCAACAGCUCCCCAUCCUCAAAUUCUAAAUGCGUUAACCAUGUGGAAUGUGGGUCUGACAAUGUUUCACAUGUCCCAAAACCCAGAGAAGCUAUCAAUAUAGAUGUUCCAUUAGUCAGUAACUUGUCAUCUUCAUGUUUUGAAAAGUUGAACUCUGGAGAUAACGGUAACGGACCUAGCACUUCUCAUCCAUUGAGGUCUUCUGAUGCUUAUUCAUCCAGUGCGGGGUUGCAAGUGAUUUCUAGUGCUAAAUCUGGAAAAUUUGGUGUUCAUGCAAAUGCUGCUACAUUACCUAAGGUUUCAGGUUAUUCUACCAACAGUACAAAUGGACUGAAAACUUCUAUGUGGAAAGUUGUUGAUCAACUCAGAGGAUCUAAGCUGCCAAAACACUAUCCUUCAGGAGUUGGUAAUGAGGUUGCUCGAAAAUAUAAUGAUAAGGUACUUUUUCCUUAUGAAUCAUUUGUCAACCUUUACAGUGCGAACAAGUUGGACCUGCAACCAUGUGGACUUGUAAACUGCGGGAACAGCUGUUAUGCCAAUGCUGUCCUCCAAUGUUUGACAUUCACUCCACCUUUCACUGCUUACUUUCUUCAGGGAGUCCAUACCAAAGCAUGUUCAAAGAAAGAACGGUGCUUCACCUGUGAUUUUGAAAUUUUAGUUUUGAAGGCUAAGGAGGGAAAAUCUCCACUCCCUAAAGGAAUACUGUCCCAACUACAAAAUAUUUGUGGCCAACUUGCUGAAGGAAAAGAAGAAGAUGCACAUGAAUUUUUAAGGUAUGUUAUUGAUGUGAUGCAAUCCGACUGUCUUAAAGAAGCCGGGGUGCAUUCAUCUGGUUGUUUAGAAGAAGAAACCACUUUAGUGGGACUAACAUUUGGAGGUUAUCUCCGGUCGAAGAUACAGUGCAUGAAGUGUCAAGGCAAGUCUGAGCGUCAUGAAAGAAUGAUGGACCUUACUGUUGAGAUUGAAGGAGACAUAGGAACCCUGGAAGAGGCUCUUCAUCGGUUUACAAGGACUGAGAUUUUAGAUGGAGAAAAUAAAUACCAAUGUAGCAGAUGCAAAACUUAUGAAAAGGCCAAAAAAAAGUUGACAAUAUCUGAGGCUCCAAAUGUUCUUAAUGCUUUGAAGCGAUUUCAGUCUGGUAAAUUUGGAAAGCUUAACAAAGCAAUUCAAUUCCCUGAGAUCUUGAACUUGGCGCCAUAUAUGAGUGGGACAAGUGAUAAUUCACCCAUUUACAGGCUCUAUGGGGUGGUGGUUCACUUGGAUAUUAUGAAUGCUGCAUUUUCGGGUCAUUACAUUUGCUAUGUUAAAAACUCCCAAAACAAGUGGUUCAAGAUUGAUGACAGCAAAGUAACAUCUUCUGAGCUUGAAAGUGUUCUAAAAGGUGCAUACAUGCUUCUUUAUGCAAGGUGCUCACCCAGGGCCCCAAGAUCAAUAAGGAACAGAAAGAAGGCGGUUCCGUUGAGGGUCAACUCAAAGAAUUAUACCAAGUCAAGUUCUUCAACACAUUCUAGUGAGAACCUCUACCCCAGUUCAAUUCAUCCUGAUACUCCAGGGAGCAUUAAAUCCUUUUAUUCGAAAUAUAGUCGGUUACAGAGGAUUUUCGAAGAGGACUCGGCAAGUGAUAAUUCUUCUCUUUUCGGCAGCAACUCUGAUGAUGGUUCCUGCUGUACUGAAAGCACACGAGAUUCUAUCUGCGAUGACUUACUGGACCCUGUAUUCGGUGAUUCAAUACGUGGUUGGAACAACCCCUGGAGGAGUUCUGAUUCUGAUGCUUCAUCAUCUUCCACUUCUCCUCUUUACUCAAGGCAUUCUCCCCUAGCUGAUUCAGCUAAAGAGAGCAACAAUGUUGAUUUGGACAGACGAUCCAGCGGGAGUAGCAGGCAAUCAGAUGUGGAAGGCAAGGUAACCACUCCUUUUUCCCACUCUGACACAAGUAAACAGUGUAGAAAUGUAGGUAGUAGUAGGGAAACUGUUUCAGAGAGAUUAGGACGGGUUAACCCUUCAAAUGUGUCUUUUAGAAACUCAAUGAUGAAAAGAACAGAUUAGAAAGUUUUAUAACUG